CUGGCCGAGAUGGUGGCGGGGGUGAUCGUGAAGUGUACGUACGGGCAACGGCAUCGGCUUUAUUCGGCUCAGCGGCGCGUGGGUGUUGUUUACAGUGCCUCGUGUGUCCCAUGGCUCUCUAAACUUUGCUGGCCCGCCUCCCCUGGCUCCUGCUGACGAUACACUGGUAUUGAGGAGUGCCAAACUUUGCCGUCACAAUGUACCUCUACAACCUGACCCUGCAGCGUGCCUCGGGGAUCACUCAUGCUGUCCACGGCAACUUCUCUGGUGCCAGGACACAGGAGCUGGUGGUGUCCCGUGGCCGCUCACUGGAACUGUUGCGCCCGGACCCCAACACUGGCAAGGUCCAUACCAUCCUUACCACGGACAUAUUUGGAGUCAUACGCUCCCUUAUGGCCUUCAGGCUCACCGGAGGCAACAAAGAUUAUGUAGUUGUUGGUUCAGACUCGGGCAGAAUUACAAUCCUUGAAUAUAAUCAGUCCAAGAACCAGUUUGAGCGCAUCCAUAUGGAGACGUUUGGCAAGAGUGGGUGUCGUCGCAUCGUGCCUGGCCAGUAUCUUGCCAUUGAUCCCAAGGGCCGUGCUGUUAUGAUUGGGGCUGUAGAGAAGCAGAAGCUAGUGUACAUCCUGAAUCGUGAUGCAGCUGCCAGACUCACUAUCUCGUCUCCUCUAGAGGCCCACAAGUCCAACACACUUGUAUAUCACAUGGUUGGAGUGGAUGUGGGCUUUGAAAACCCUCUCUUUGCCUGCUUGGAGAUUGACUAUGAGGAAGCUGACACAGACCCAACAGGAGAAGCCGUCCAUCGCACUCAACAGACUUUAACUUUCUAUGAGCUGGACCUCGGACUCAACCAUGUGGUCAGGAAGUAUCAUGAACCAUUGGAGGAACAUGCCAACUUCCUUAUAUCUGUACCAGGUGGCAACGAUGGUCCCUCCGGUGUCUUGGUCUGCUCAGAGAAUUACAUCACCUACAAAAAUCUUGGUGACCAGCCUGACAUUCGCUGCCCCAUCCCCAGACGCAGGAAUGACUUGGAUGAUCCUGAGAGAGGAAUGAUCUUCAUCUGUGCCGCCACACACAAGACUCGCUCCAUGUUCUUCUUCCUCGCCCAGACAGAACAGGGUGAUAUCUUUAAGAUCACCUUAGAGACAGAUGAAGAUGUGGUGACUGAGAUCAAGCUGAAGUACUUUGACACUGUUCCACCGGCCACUGCUAUGUGUGUGCUCAAGACAGGCUUUCUCUUUGUUGCCUCAGAGUUUGCCAACCAUUAUCUAUACCAGAUUGCACACUUGGGAGAUGACGAUGAUGAACCGGAAUUCUCAUCAGCAAUGCCCUUGGAGGAGGGUGACACUUUCUUCUAUGCUCCCCGUCCACUGCAGAACCUGGUGUUGGUGGAUGAGCUGGACUCACUGUCUCCCAUCAUGGCCUGCCAGAUUGCUGACUUGGCCAAUGAGGACACACCACAGCUGUACACUGCCUGUGGUCGUGGGCCGAGGUCUUCCCUACGAGUGCUGCGUCACGGACUGGAGGUUAGCGAGAUGGCUGUGUCUGAACUGCCCGGCAACCCCACUGCUGUGUGGACUGUGAGGAAGAGGAGUGAAGAUCGCUUUGACUCUUACAUCAUGGUGUCUUUCGUCAAUGCCACUCUUGUGCUGAGCAUCGGAGAGACGGUAGAGGAAGUGACGGACUCAGGCUUUCUGGGUACCACGCCCACAUUGGCUUGUUCCCAGCUGGGUGAUGAUGCUCUGGUGCAGGUUUACCCGGAUGGCAUCAGGCAUAUCCGAGCCGACCGUCGAGUGAAUGAGUGGAAGGCUCCCGGCAAGAAGACCAUCGUUCGCUGUGCCCUCAAUCAACGGCAAGUAGUCAUUGCACUCACUGGAGGAGAGAUUGUGUACUUUGAAAUGGACCCGACAGGACAGUUGAAUGAGUAUACAGAACGGAAGGAGAUGAAAAGUGACGUCAUCUGUAUGGGUGUGGGUCGCGUCUCGGCUGGAGAGCAGCGGUCAAGGUUCUUGGCUGUUGGACUGUCAGACAACACUGUUAGGAUCAUCAGUCUGGACCCAAAUGACUGCUUGACUUUGCUGGGCAUGCAAGCAUUGCCAGCUCUGCCUGAGUCACUUUGCAUCAUUGAAAUGGGUGGCCAGGAGUCGGUUGAUGGUGAACCUCGUACUCUAGGAUCACUCUAUCUCAACAUUGGCCUGCAGAAUGGUGUGUUGCUUCGAACGGUCCUGGAUGGCGUGACGGGUGACAUGUCGGACACCCGUACUCGAUACCUUGGCUCACGGCCGGUCAAGCUCUUCCGAAUCAUCAUGCAGGGCAAUGAGAGUGUCCUGGCAAUGUCAUCUCGGUCGUGGCUCAGCUAUUACUAUCAGAACCGUUUCCAUCUCACUCCUCUGUCAUAUGAGAGUCUGGAGUAUGCGGCAGGCUUCUCCUCAGAGCAGUGUCCUGAAGGCAUUGUUGCUAUCUCAACUAACACCCUCAGAAUUUUGGCUCUGGAGAAGCUGGGAGCUGUCUUCAAUCAGGUGUCUCAUCCUUUAGAAUACACACCUCGCAAGUUUGUGAUCCACCCAGAGAGUGGACACCUGUUACUCAUAGAGACAGACCACAAUGCCUACACAGAGGACACCAAACGACAGAGGAAGAUGCAGAUGGCAGAGGAAUUGAGAGAAGCAGCUGGAGAGGAGGAGGCUGAGGUGGCUGAGAGGAUGGCUGAGGCACUGCUGUCUGAGGACCUCCCUGAUGCAGUGUUUGGUGCGGCCAAGGCUGGACCAGGCAUGUGGGCAUCCUUGGUGAGGGUGAUUGAGCCCAUCCAAGGCAAGACACUUCACACCAUUCACCUGGAGCAGAAUGAGGCAGCCUUCAGCAUUGGCCUGGUUAAAUUUGCCAACCAGCCUGACAUGGACCAGCAGUUCCUCCUGGUUGGGACAGCACGAGACUAUCAGUUGAGUCCCCGGCAUGUUGAGUGUGGCUACAUAUAUUGCUACAGGGUGGCAGCAGACUGCACAUCGCUGGAGCUGGUUCACCGCACAGAGGUGGAAGACAUUCCCACCUCCAUCUGUGCCCACAGUGGCCGUGUGCUGAUUGGUGUGGGCCGACUCCUCAGGAUUUAUGACCUAGGAAAGAAAAAACUAUUGAGGAAAUGUGAGAAUAAGCACAUUCCAAACCUCAUAGUGGACAUCAAGGCACGAGGACAGAGGGUGUAUGUGACGGACGUACAGGAGAGCCUGUUUGUGCUUCGCUACAGACGCCAUGAGAACCAGCUCAUCAUAUUUGCAGAUGACACAAACCAGCGAUGGGUGACAACAUCUUGUCUCCUUGACUAUGAUACAGCUGCUCUCGCUGAUAAGUUUGGCAAUGUGGCUGUGGUCCGUCUGGGUAAUGAUGUCAAUGAUGACGUGGAUGAAGACCCAACAGGCAACAAGGCACUGUGGGACCGAGGGCUGCUGAAUGGAGCGUCACAGAAGGCAGAGGUGGUGGCCAACUUCCACGUGGGAGAAACCAUCAACACUUUAGAGAAAGCCACACUCAUUCCGGGAGGCAGCGAGUCCCUUGUGUACACCACACUGAGUGGCACAGUUGGUGUCUUGGUUCCAUUCACAUCACGGGAGGAUCAUGAACUUUUCCAGAACCUUGAGAUGCACAUGAGAUCUGAACAUCCUCCUCUGUGUGGCCGGGAUCACCUCUCCUUCAGGUCUUACUUCUUCCCUGUUAAGAAUGUGAUUGAUGGUGACCUGUGUGAGCAGUUCAACAUGGUUGACUCAGUCAAACAACGGUCCAUUGCUGAAGACUUAGACAAAACUCCCAAUGAACUUUCCAAGCGACUGGAAGAUAUCAGGACCAGAUAUGCCUUCUAAGGUGGAAGGUUGUGCAACGUCUCUUACACCGCCCUCCUUGCCUUGAUGUUUGUGAGUGUUUCCUUUUCUUUUGAGCCACUCUGUUUAGGUAUCACUUGUAAGAUAGGAGUCAGUGUGGCAGCCAGAAAGAUAUGUCAGUGUGAGAUGAUCAGAGGGAAAGAUUAACAUCAUUAUAGGAGAUAACAAAACAAAGCAGGGGACCCCUCAUCUCAGGAAUGUGAAUCUAUUCAAUGAAGACCUUUACCUAAUAAUGCUGGCUGAUCAAAGGCUGUAAAGGUAAGUUACCUGGUGGUGAAAACUGUUCAGGUAUACAACCAGGUGGUGGCUGUCAUCUUGUUUCUUUAUGUUCACAAUAGCCUCCUGUGUGUGUGUGUGUGUGUGUGUGUGUGUGUGUGUGUGUGUGUGUGUGUGUGUAUUAUUAAUUUCUUUAUCUAUUUAUGGCUUGCUGUGCCAUUUGUACUACUAGACCCUGUUAUUCAAUUUAGAUCACAUUCCUUGCAAGUCACAGCCAAAACUUAGGAUAUUUUAUGACCAAAAAUAUCGUCUUUUAAGUACAAAUGUUGUAAAGAAACAAAAUUGUCAGGUAUAUAUAUAUAUAUAUAUAUAUAUAUAUAUAUAUAUAUAUAUAUAUAUAUAUAUAUAUAUAUAUAUAUAUAUAUAUAUCAGACACUGGUUAGAAAAUGAAAGUAGUUCUUUGGAUGGUGGACAGUAUAGAGUUGGGGGUUAGUGUAUGGGUUUGAAACAUAUAUAAGUAGUAGUUGCACAUUAGUCAUUAACAAUUCAUCUUCAUUGGUUUUGUAGGUUGAGUUAUUUUCACGAAGUCCUCUGCAUUUCAUUUGUUUGUAAAGUUUUCAUCAAUCUUUUCACAUUAAGUUUGGCUCAGAAUUAUUGAGAAUUCUUUUAUCAUGACAUGAGUGUAGUUGUUUUUGUUAUCUAUCACACUAAUGUUUCUUAGACAAUAGCUGGAUAUUUUGAACAUAAGAAUGACGGAGACUAAUUUUUUCAAACCCAACUUUAUGAUUGCGUUAUGGUCACAGUCACAGAAUGUAAGAUAUUUAAAGUUUCCAGAGGUUGAGAUUUUGGGGAUGUAACAUGGAUCUAUGUAUAGUGACAAGUUUGUGGCAUAUUAAAUAUCUUUGUACCAACUGUAGUGUUCUGUUGAAAGCUUACCUUGAGCUGAGAUAAACUUUUGUGAGAUGGGUAGAUGAAUGUAAAUGACAUGUCGUAGCUCUGAUUGCUAGCUCUUAAGGUUUUACCAGGUAAGGCAUAUUUUGUAUAAAUAAAAGAUUAAAUACUGUAUUA